AUGGCCGGUGUUCGCGAUCCAGCCUUUUGGCGUCGCUUCUCCGUGGCCAUUCACCUCGAUGAGGAGAAAGCACCUGGGUCCGACAAGAGCUCAGUAUCCUCGCGGGCUCCGCUGAAGCACAGCGAGACCUGGCUGGAGAAGGACCGUCGAAAGAAGCGACGUACUAGAAUCCUCGGCUGGUCUAUUGCCAUCCUGACCCUGCUCGUCAUUGUGGGCGGCGUUUUUGCAUUGAUGUUCUUCCUCAAGUUUGGCCUGUGGAGUACAGAACCCCGUCCCAGUGACGACGACCCGAACUACUCGCAGACGCAAGCCGUCAAUCCCCUGGGGAACUGA